AAUGUCAAGCUCCAACAUGUUGCAAAAAAAUGGACAAGUGCAAUGGCUGUGCUAUGUGACUUUGACAGAACAAAUAUUAACGAAAAAACGUUGAAUGGACCUGAAAUCUCUUUGUCUGAUGCUGAUAACUAUAGCGACACCAUGUCGACGGAUAGCGACGAGCUGGACAUUCAGCAGGAACUUAGAAAUAUAGAAAAUGUGAUCAGUCUGACCCGCACCAACAUAGAUGCCCUCAAUGCGAAAUUCGCCGACUUCCAACAGCCCCCGGCUAUGUACCUCAAGGAGUAUGAGGACCUCACUUCUAAGCUGCACGAAUUAGAGAUCAAGCGGCGCAUGUUGAUCGAGCAAUUGAGCAGCGGUAGGGAAAGCCCUGAGGACCUGUCUGACCAAUGCUACUCGACACAGGAACCUAACAGGCCGCAAUAUGACACCCUAACAAGGCCUAAGUUCGUUAGGGCGCACUUACCCAAUCAGCAGCGAACCAGUGUGCAGGUCAGAGAGGGACUGACUCUUCGAGAAGCCCUAUCAAAGGCCAUGAAACUACGAAACCUGGUGUGUGAGAUAUGUUGCGUAUAUUUAGGGGACUCCAACAUCCCUGUUAACUGGGACAUUGACAUUAGCACGUUGAACUGUGAAGAGAUCACUGUGAAGAUAUUAGAUAAGUUCCCGAUUCCUCCUACAAGUAUUUCUCAUAAUUUUGUUAGAAAGACAUUUUUUUCAUUGGUGUUUUGUGAGUGUUGCAGAAGGUUACUCUUUCAAGGGUUUUAUUGUAGGACUUGUGGUUAUAAAUUUCAUCAAAGAUGCGCUGCUAGGGUGCCAUCAUUAUGUCAUCAAGUGCGUAUGGCAGAUGCAUAUUACAGAGCCUUGCUGGCAAGGCCUCCAGAAUCUGUAGGUAUUAUUCAUCCUGGGUCAGCUGAUAUUGGUUUAUCUAGACAAGCAAGGCAUCCAGGGACCUUAGGGCACCAUGAUAGGUCCAGUUCAGCCCCUAAUGUUUGCCUAAAUAGUGUUAAAGGUGGUGGGGAUAUACUCUAUUCUACAAAGUCUGAAGGCAAUGGAUCUCCACACUGUCGAAGUACCCAGGCAUCUCCAACAGGAUCCCUGCAACCUCGCAGGCCUAGGGCAAGAUCAGCUGAUGAAAGCAAACCUCUUCUAGCGCCUAGAGAAAGUAUUGAAGAUUGGGAGAUUCGGUCUGAUGAGAUUCUUGUGGGUUCAAGAGUUGGAUCUGGAUCAUUUGGUACUGUGUACAAAGCACAUUGGCAUGGGCCUGUCGCAGUAAAGAUGCUAAAUGUGAAGAUACCUACAGUUGCACAGUUGCAAGCAUUUAAAAAUGAGGUUGCUGUAUUAAGGAAAACUAGGCAUGUUAAUAUUCUACUUUUCAUGGGGUGCGUCAGCAAACCUCAGCUGGCGAUAGUCACCCAGUGGUGCGAAGGAUCGAGCUUGUACAAGCACCUGCACGUGCACGAGACGAAAUUCCAGCUGUUCACAUUGAUCGAAAUCGGUAGGCAAACGGCGCAAGGCAUGGAUUACCUUCACGCGAAGAACAUCAUUCACAGGGACCUGAAAUCGAACAACAUUUUUCUGCACGACGACCUGACGGUGAAGAUCGGAGAUUUCGGCUUGGCUACGGCGAAAACCAGAUGGUCAGGGUCUCAACAGUUCCAUCAGCCUACGGGGUCGAUUUUGUGGAUGGCUCCAGAGGUAAUUCGAAUGCAAGAAGACAAUCCAUACAGUUUCCAAUCGGACGUGUACGCCUUUGGUAUAGUCAUGUUCGAAAUGCUGGCAGGACAACUGCCCUACUCACACAUCAACAACAAAGACCAAAUACUCUUCAUGGUCGGCAGAGGGUACUUGAAGCCGGAUCUGACCAAGUUGCGAUCAGAUACUCCUAAAGCUCUGCGUCGAUUGACCGAAGACUGCAUAAAAUUCAACCGCGAGGAGCGGCCGCUGUUCAGGCAGAUCCACGCGUCUCUAGAGGGCCUUCUGCGGAACCACCCGAAGAUCAACAGAUCCGCCUCGGAGCCCAACAUGAACCGCACCCAGCUGCAGUCCGACGACUUCAUCUACACCUGUUCCAGUCCAAAAACUCCCGUCAACUUCGGACCCAGCAAUUUUCUCUUUUAUUCCACGUGCACGGGAAAUAUUUAAGUGAUUGAUCGAGAAUGUGACAUGGAUCUCAUUUUUGUUGAUUGUUUUGUCAGGUGUCAGGCGUGGACAGAAAGGAAGAGAGAUGAAAAGAUUGGAGUUGCCAAGUUUAAAACGUUUCUGAAGGUCAUUCAUAUGUCAUGGCCAUAUCGUAGAAUUGACCAUCGAGCGAACAUUUCAUGAAAUGGCCACCUAAAUUUGACCGUAUCGUUAAAUCGUCAACGUUUAACGAUUUGGUCAUCCACGAUUGAUCAUAUCGUAAAAGUAGGGUGUCCAUAGAAUGUUUACUAAAAAUCCAGAAUUUAUGUUAUGGACUUGUUUAUUGUUCAAGAAAGUCAUUUUAAUUAAAACUACUAACUGUAAGAAAUUAAAAACAAAUUAUUUUUUUGAACAUUUCAGUUAUCACAAAUAAAAAUGAAAUAAAAAUAAGUUUUACAUAAAUGUACAAUAAUAUAUAGUAAAUGACAAACAAUAUUUCAGCUGGCACACGAUUUUGACUAAAUGAAUAAUGUAAUUUAAGAGAGAAGUAUUAACCUGUGAAUUUCGUUCCGGACUCCAUGGCUUUUUGACGUUUUGCGCGGUACAUGCGUGACCCUCAUAAUACUCGAGGACUCGAGUACCUUUUUGUCCUACAUUCUAUUAAUAUCACUUUCAUCCUCAUUCGAUAACCAGUUAUUGAACACAUAACACCUACUUCAUAAGUGAAUCUGCAAUGCUAAGGUUUGUAGCGCCAUCCCUGGGAUAUACUCCGAACUUUUUAUAGAACCUAUAUGAACUGUUAAAAAAGCCUAGCGCCAUCUUCGGAAUUCCCUUUUACGCUGUGGAGCUAAAUUUGAAUUAAACAUUCAAAUUAUAUACAAAAUAGUUUAUGUAAAAUAAGGCUCAACCUGAUUUUAUUUUUAAAGUGUGUAUUUUUUUAACGCAAUACAUAAAAAUAACAGGUAUGCAAGUUGUUGAUAAUGUAAAAAUAAUCGGUAUUACCGAUGUACCGUCGCGUGCAUAAAAAACUGGAACAGCACCUAAUCUGUGAUCAGACAUGCAUCGCCACUGAUCUCUUAUCAGUCUGGCAGUCCCUUGUUAUCUCUUUAUAAGAUAAGGUCAUCGAUAGUUCAGGAGAUAUGUAGUACUCCUAGUAUAAAAUAACAAUAAAUAAUCAGUCAUUAGAUUUACAAUUAGCAAUUUCUCUACUCCCUUCAUGAGUUUCGAGUCUACUCGUGAACAUUCUCCGAAACCACGCCUAAAAAAAGAAUUGAAUUUUAUUAUGUUCAUGAUAGGUAAAUUUUUCCAAAAAUUGUGGAAACCGCAAAUAUUGUGAAAGUUUUAGGAUACCAAAAUGUUCGAUCAUGUAAUCCUGGUUAUUCACUGAUUACACAGUGCAUGUACCUGGUUUCUAUAUGUAAACAAAGUUACUACUUACGUGAAGUUUGAAGUUCAGGAAGAUGUAAUGCAGGAAAAGCUGAUCUUUUUAGACCUCUCUUGGUUCCAGGCACUUUAUCACCUUCCGAAAAAUGUAAGUCACACACCAAAUGGCUUUUAUGAAUUUGUUUGUUACUUUUAUUAUCCAAAACUGGAUUUCGCACUUGUAUCAGUACAACCAGGUACCACGCACUUCUUAAAUCCCCGCUUUCGAUAGGCCUCCAUUACAAAAAGAUUAAGUCUGUAAAUAUAUAUUCAGUUUAAGGCUCAAUAGAUAUCAGUAUCACCGACACAAAACUAAAAAAAAAGAACGCGGGCGACGGACAAAAUUAAACUUUCACUUCAAAAUUACGAAUACACCUCAAAGCAUUGAACAUUGGACUGUCAAAAAUAACGACGGGAAACUCCAGCGUCAGCGUCACUCUGUGGUUGCACUCCGUACUAACUAUAUAAGAAUAUCAGGUUGCCUACCAAAGAUACCUUCAAAGUCGCUAAUUUAACUUUCUUUUAUAAAGUAAGUGUUAUGUGUUAUUGAAUGUCCAUUUCGAAAAACAACGACUGCCGUGUUGAAAUGUAGACAAAUCGCUGCCAGCGCCUUUAUCGGUAAUUAAAGUAUUUUACGAUUUGAUCAAACAUGCUUUACUAUUUCGUUGAACAAUUUAUUAUCACUGAUCUACACACAUCAUGAUCUACCCAAUAGAUAAUGAUUCAUUUCGUGAAAUGCUUGAACAUUUUUUGAAAUGGUGAAUUUUAGGAUAUGACUUCGACACAUACAUCUUGCCAGGUCCCAAAGUCGCUUUAAUCGACAUUUCAUGCCUUGAGUGCAUCAGAUUACAGCAUUAUGAUUAUUACAGAAGGCGAAAAUUUCAAACUCAUAGGCGCACGCAGGAAUUUUCCUCAACAGAAGGGUGAUCAUCGGCAAGAGAUAACUUUUUAUGAAAGUAGACCUGUCUUAAAAACCUUCUGAAGAUUGCCCAGGGGACCGGGGGCUAAUCCUAAAAUUCUUCAAAAUUACACACACAUCCUCUUUUGCGGGCGCUGAUGUUCAAACUCAUCGGUUUUCAUAAUCAUAUUUGUUGGAUACUCCUUUAAGUGAAUCAAUAUGUUGCCGGACUGUAAACUGGUGCAAAUUUCAUUAAAUAAUUUUCUCAAAGAAAGGACCUCGCACAACACAUGUGGAAAAUGAGUCCCAUUUGAAUUAUCUAAAAAUUCAGUGUGAUUUAUUUCACACCUCCGUGAAUGAUUAUUAUUUCUUGGAAAGUUAUUUAUCUAUAGUAUUGAUAAAACGCAAUUUUUUUAUAACCCCUGAAUCCUAAAUAUCACAACAACACGAAUCCCACCAAACGCAUGGGGCUCAAGUUGGCUUUGAUAGAACUUGAUUUUUGACAGAGUGUCGCCUCUGUAUAAUACUCUGUGGUACAGCCUUGGUACCACAGAUUAUUAGCUACACCACUUGGUAGCUUGGUACAGUAUUUAAAAAAAUCAAAUCUUUAUAAUAAUCAUUUCAUAAUGUGUAACACCGAAACUAAAAAGAAAUUUAGUGAGAAAGAAAAUGCAUCUGGCCGAGAUGCUGGACAAAUUUAAAGGAAUCGUUGAAAAUAAAAAAACUGAUAGCUGCUGAUAGCUACUUUAAAGAACAAUGUUUAAGAGCGAACACUAUUUUUGAGCAGCUAUUUCCGCCAUUAUUUACACCGCCAUCUGCCAUAUGACGUUGACGCCUGUGCAUAUGUCAUAUAAGAUAUAUGAAAGCCGCUUGCCUGCAGUGUUACCGGAUUGGGCUCCGCAUUUAGGGAAAAAUAUUAAAAGUGGAAAACUUUCAUAAUUUAUUAAUUAAUAAAACACAAAACGAAAAACUGAAACAUACAACAGUAGCAAAUUAAAAAGCGAUUCUUGAUAAGUAUAAAACAAAAAAUAACAGAAGUAAACUAGAAAACAAUUGUAAAUAAUUAUAAAAAACAUAAAAUGAAAACAGUAGUGAAACAAAAAACAAGUCUAUGUAAUUAUAAAAAAAAUUAACAAACAGCAGUAAAAUGAAAAGCAAUUUUAAAUAAUUAUAAAAAACAAAAAAUAAAAACAGUAGUAAAACAAAAAACAAUUCCACGUAAUUAUAAAAAACAAAAGAUAAACAUUAAAAUAAAAAGCAAUUCUAUAAUUAUUAGGAAUCUCUUUUUAAUUUAUUACUGUGUUAUUUUAGUGUUUUGCUUCUUCUUCAUAAUUUUGUUUCAUUAAAAUAUAAAUUUUCCACUUUUCAUAUUUUUCCCUAAAUGCGGAGACCAAUCCGGCAACACCGCAAGCAAGCGCCUCUCAGAUGACAUGAGGCAUCUCACUGCAAAAGGGCCUAUAUCCCCUUCCACUAAUUUUCCACAAUUGGCGAAAAACUGUUCCAAGUUAAAAGUUGUAACGGCUAUAAUUUUGUUUUGAACCGUUCCUAUUUUGUUAUAAAACAAAUACAAGCAACAAAAAUAAUCGUGGAGUGAGUAAAGCGGAUGUAAUUUAGCUAUAGAGUUUGGAUAUAGAACCAUUUGCCGUAACAAAAUGGAUAAAGGAACUUUUGCUCCAGCUGUAUAAGGAUAUAGGCUGUUUUGACGCAAUAACACACUUAUGGACGAUUCUACCGCCGCGCUAUAAACUUAUUCCUGGAGUAAUCCCCAUAAUAUAUAUUGUUGAGACAAUUUUCAACUUAGAAUUUAUUUUAGGAAUGAGCUUAUUACAUGGUGGUAGAUCCGGCACAUAGAUGGAAUAAACAAGCAAACAUUUAUUUCCCUUAAAAAAAUACAUAUGUCUACAAGAAAUCAAAACUAAGAUUCUUUAAGAUCAACUCAAUGCAUUUUGAGAAAAUAUAAUAAGUAUUACACCCGCUCAACGAGAUGUUCAUGUUGAUGUCCUUCACAGAACUCAUUAACUUCUUCUUCGAGGUCUUCAUCAGUUUCGUUUGUUGCUGCUGUAUGGCUAGCUGUCACAUCGGUCGUGAUUCCCAACACAUUUUUGUACAAGGAGCAUUCUUCCAUGGUGUCCCAGGUCUCGCCGAAGUGCUUUUUCAAAAGGUUUUUAACAUCUUGGACCUUAGCUGCUUUCAAUGCAACUCCCAUUGGUAUUUCAUCAGGCAAUAGGAUUGAUUUUAUUUUUACACCAUUUUUAACAACCAAUUUGCCAUUAGUUAAAUCACUGCUGUAAGAUACUUCACCCCUAACCAAUAUAUUUUGUUGUGGAUUUAGUGAGGAUGAAACGCUUUGCUUCGUUAAACUUGAAGUGCCACGAUGUAGUUUUUUUAUAGUAAGUCCCUACUAAAGUUUUCCAGUCGUAAACCUUCAAGUCAGUGCCAAGCUUAAAAAGUGUGGAAUGCUCUGAAAAAACUGUUUCAUAUUCCGAUGGUUGUAUUAUUACUGGUAACUUACGCAGUUUUUUCUCUAUGGAAGCAAACACACGAUCUGCUGGCAAAAACGAGUGUCCAGUGAUAGGGAAAAUCAUGUGGAUUUCCUGAAUGUUUGGAGGUGCGACUCGUGCUAAGAAGUAGCUCAGCAUCCCAAUCAUAACUGAGUUGCGGUUUUGCCCACCGCAUCCAUCGGCGCAUAAUCUAAUGACUGAGUAAGAUGUCAAGUCAAGGAGUGACAAUUGAUGGAAAACCGCUGAGGCAAUUUCAUUAGCACCCUCUCUAUGUUCAUGUUCCAUCCAUGUAUAACAAUAUACAUUUUCCGGAGUUAAAGAGUCUUUUGAGCUUCCUUUUACGAUUGAGAAAUUGUAUAUAUACAUUUGCCUGCUAUAGUAGGCGGUCUGAUCCUGAACCUUAGGUAGAACCAGAUUCUUCUGGCAGUCAAAACUCAGUGUUAAGAGAUCUUCUCUUUUUUCUUGAAGUUUUCUGAAAAACACUGUAUCGCAUUCUGUGAAAUGUAAGUUCACUCAUUAUUUUACUUUUAUUCUGCGGACUGGCCUCAUUUUUUAUUUUAGAUUUUAGUUCAAUACACAGAGAGCAGGCAUCGGUGAUAGACGUGCCAAACCCAAUGUUGUACUGCGUGGUAAAAUUUUUUUGGAAAAACGUUUUCUUCGAUUUCAGUGAUUCAUCACUCUGUUCAUUGUUGUACAUGCGAUAUAAUUUGUUUAUACUUAAGUUUCCUGGCAAGUAUCGUCGAUGCACGGACUUACCUCGAGAAUAGUGGCUUUCACAACAUUUUAAUUUUUCUAUGAAUGUUUUAAUAGCGGCCUUUUUCUUGUCAUAAAGAGGAUUUGGCCUCGCCCCACCUCCCUUGUCAACCGGCAUUCUUCCCGUGUUCAGAAAUUUCCUAGCUAAAUUCUGAAUUCUCUUACGUGAUACUUGAAGGACGUUGACGAAGGUUUGUUGACAAACACGUAUACAAAACUUUUCUGUACCGGACACUCUAAUGUAGUAAUUUGUACUAACCUUCUUCGUAGAGGUAAGUUUCUUUUUUGGACGUGGUCUUUUUGCACUUGUUGCCUUCAAAUGUUUAAUGAUAAACGCAUCUUGGGAGUUCUUUGCGCGCGUAGAGUAAAAAUUCUCAUGGAAUUCUUUGAUGUCUCUCAUUGUUAACUUUCUGCACUUGAAGGACUUGUUAAGGUGGCCGCAACAAGGAUAUUCUGGUGGUCCUGGAGGAUCAUAUCUACAAAAAAUUAACUUGAUAGCUCGCAAUAGAAAGUAUGCAAUAUUGUUAGGCGUGGUCUGGAGACCAAAAGGCCUACCGGGUAUCAAGGCAAGGGCACUCGACAUUAAAUGGUGAAAAAGGUACUUCUCAAAAUAUUGAAAACGAAAAAAAAAUUAAAUACACAACUUUUUAUAUCUGUCAUGAUAAGGAUAAGGUACCUACCUUUUAGAUUUUGCAACGUUCCUUUUCCAUUUACUAGGAUAUCCAGUACUCCGCCUAGCUUUUCCCGGUUCCGAUGGGGUAAUACUCUCGUUCAAAGGCAACAAACUAAAGAAGUUUUAUUACAAUCCUAUACUUUACAAUACAAACAACAAUCUCCUUUCGAUGCUAAACUCUAAUAAACGUAAAAUCCACGGCCUUAAUGAAACUCGAAGCCGCAUGACAGAAUUCUAGUGGUUUGAUUGGCUUGUUGGAUAUAGGCCUGUUUGACGCGUUGAUGAUCGUAAAUAUAGAACCUUUUGCCGCGACACCCUAUAUUUCAUCGUAAUUUUAUAUGGGAUAAAGACACCUUUGACAUAUGAAUACUUGACCAGUUGAUGCGGCUAUCGAUACAGAUAUCAUAACCGCCUUUUACUCACUUUUCACCAAAAAUGGAUAUAGGCCCUUUUGCUGCGACACGCCUCACAUAUUUAUGCACAGACAUCAUAUGGCAGAUGGCGAUGAAAAUAAUAGUGGAAAUAGCUGCUAAAGAUUUUUGAGAAAAAAUUUCAUGAAAACUUUUUUUGUUUUACAAUAAUCUAUCAGACUACCCUCCAUAAGUUUUCAAGUGAAAAAACAGUGAACAGUUGUCAUAUUGCAUUUCAGAGACCAAUCUAUGGUUAUUUCCCAAGCAGUUAAAAAAUCGUUUUACCUACCUUUGCUUGAUGUUGUUCGAUAAUUUUUUGAGCUAUUUGCAUGAAUUUUCAUUGAUUUUUUCAAAAGUUGUAAUUAUACCGAUUUACUUUGCCAUAUAGAUUUUUUACGUAAUACCUACUCCUGCUAGUGUCCACAAAAAGGCGUAAGGUGUAAUACUGCUUGCCUGUACGUACAUUUUAUUGGUUCCGAUUGGUGUUGGGACGUGUCAUGACCACGAUAAGUGAAGGCCAAUUGUCUUUGAUUAUUUAUUUGGAAGAUGUAAGGGAAAGCGCAUAAGUGUAACAUGGGUUUAAGUUGUUGCAACUUAUAAUUCUUACACCGUCCAAUAAAUGAAACCACAGAUGUUGAAUGGACUCGUUCGGUGACGUUUCUACAGCCUCGACAGCCUUUUCCAAAGUACAAACCAAAUUAAUUAUAUAUAAGUUCAUGAAAUUAUUAAUCAGACGAUGGUCUUUAUUUAUUUAUUUUUGUGUUUGAUGCAACAGACUUCAUUUGCAUUUUCCAAGAAUACACGUUUUAAGGAUCAUUGUGGAAAUCAAAUUGAAAACGCGCUCCUAAAGAGUUUUUUAAUGAAACAUUGCUUUUAGAAUAACAAUCCUCCGAGUAUUUGGUCUUAGAACGACAAUCGACACAUUCACCAUUUUCUCAAGUCGGGCUAACUUCAUCACACUAUUUCUAAGAAACUUAUUACAUGAUUGCUUUGACCCCAUCGGAAGUUUUGUUCGGGAAGGCGAGAAAUUGGUCAUAUUGCAUUUUUAGGCAAAUCGACUCGGAUCCAUUUUCUAUGUUUUGUGCAAAGUCCUCUAUUUAUUUUUCGUGUUUUUGGUUUAUUCUUAAAAAAAGGUCCUUAGCAACUUUUCUCUAGAGUUGACCAUAUUCGAGUUACAAGUAUUUAAAGUCUGGAAACCAUGGAAUGGCAAUUUAUUAUGCUUAACAUUGGGAAAAAUCUUUGUUGAGGUUGCUAAGUGCCUAAAUUGAAGUUUAAAUCUUUCCCUGCAACACCCAGAAGCCUGAUGAGUAUUUUAGGCUUAGUUCAUUUUUAAGCUUUGUUAUUUGUCAAUAACAUGCUGUUAAUAAAUAAACUAUGUUCAAAAUAUUCUUCAAAUAAGGUUUGAACUAGUCAUAAAACUUAAUUUUUUAAAAUACUCCAUGUUCACUCAGACCAUCAACUACAAAACGUGACGAAAUGUUCUGUCACUCCUUUUUAAACGUACUGUAGAGAGCUUGUAUAACUACUGUGAAUAAAUACAUUUGGUAUUUAUUUGUAAUUGUGAUGUGCGACUGAACGUUGUUGAGACGAGAUUGAGACUUAAGUUAUUGUCUAUGUACAUUUUGAUUAUGUAAACAUUGUUUUGUUUUUAAAAUAAAGACAUUUCAAAAACGAUA